AUGUCUUUUUUCUUCUUUUACGCUCUCUUUGUUUUUCUUUUUCUUUCAUUUCUUAAUUUUCGACAUUUCAUUUAUUCCCUUUUUAUCACUCUCUUUCUUUUUUACAUUCAAACUUUCACUUUCCUCCUUUCUUUUUCUAUUCGUUUUCUAUUCCUUAUAUUUCUUCUUUUUCUUCUUUAUUUUCCUUUUCUAUCCCACCACCAAAUUCGUCUCGAAAAAUGGACGAACCCGCCCCACAGCAAAGCGUUAUUCCUUUUCAUUCUUCGACACCACUUAUCCCCGUCUUACACUGCCUCAAUCUAUCCCUCUUCCGAGAAGUGCGUAGCGUAUAUUCCAUCAUAUCAAAGAGGUGCGCGGGCAAGCGAAGAUGCUGCCAUUAUUAAUUUGAAAGAUAAAGUGUACAGUUUAACUGCUGCCAUUGUUGUCACUUCUGACACGGACACAAUCGGUCGGUCUGCCUGCCUGUCUGUCUAUCUAUCUAUCUAUCUAUCUAUCUAUCUAUCUAUCUAUCUAUCUAUCUAUCGCAGAAAGAACUUUUCUUUCUUCGUCCAUGAUUUAUGUUGUGCCAGAAGCAAAGAUGACUGCUCACAGUUUAUAAUUAUCAAUUUGACCCGACGCCAUUCCGUUCUUUUAUUUCUUCUGUAA